CAAUAGAAAUCGUUGAUACAAGAUUUCGAUACACCUACUGUCCAAUCACGUGCGGGUUCUUAGAAACGUCAUCCUACCAAACCGGAAAAGCAGUGUUCAGGCCUGUGUCAACUCUAAACGCUUACAAACUAUCCGAAAACUAUUGCGGAUGUUUGUGUUCCGUAAUUCAUGUAGAUAGUUGAUUCAUUUUUGGGGCCUUCGGUCUGACAAUGGGAGCCAGUAACAGUACCCGCCGUGUGUCGUACGAGUCAGACGACAACGAGAAUGUAACUGUGGUGAAGGGCAUUCGGCUAUCUGAGGGCGUCAUCAACCGAAUGAGAGAACCUUCCAGGGCAACCCCCUUCGUCCCAAGUCCUGCACCUCCUCCCCCUUUGAUUCCUCCACCAGUUCCCCCAGAGAUCGUACCAGAACCUUCACCUCCUCCUCCUCCUCAACCCGAGCAGGCUCAGACUCCGGUGGGAUCUUCUGCUCCCUUGCCAGAAUCCAGUCCAGCACCACCACCACCACCUCCUGCUCCGCCAGCCAUUGAUGAAGAAGCCCUAAAGAAGAAGAUCAGUGACGAGUUGUAUGAAGGUCUGGAGAAGCAGAGAGUCAAAGCAGAGCAAGACCUGCAAACCUGGCUUGAAGCUGAGAAAGCCCGUACAUCAGCGCAAGCUCAGGCUGAGACCAGGCGUCACGUGGAGGACGAGGUGUCCAGAAUUCUGUCUUCAGAACGCACUGUCGCCCAGGAGAGCCUCCAGCAGGCUGUCCUCAGGGAGAGGAUCGCCACUGAGGACGAAAAGCUACGUGCUCAGCUCUUUGCUAAGCAGCUGGAGGCUAAAGAGGCAGACCUAAACAAGCAGGAUGCUUUCUACAGGGAGCAAGUGGCACGACUGGAGGAGAGGAGUGCUCAGUUCUACAAGGUCACCACAGAGAACUACCACAAAGCUGCAGAUCAAGUGAAUGCCAAGUUCAAACGCUACGAGGCAUACCCUGUGUGUGCAGACCUGCAGAGCCAGAUCCUGGCGUGCUACAAAGAAAACCAUGGCAAAACUCUCCAUUGCUCCAACAUAGCAGCUUUGUACCUGCAAUGUGUCAACAAUGCCAAGCAGUAAAGUAAGCAUGCAGCGUCAUGGACCAAUGACACACCAAGUUGAGGACCGGCGGUUAAAGGAAGGAAGGGGAUAAGAAAGAUGGAGCAAUGAAGAGUUUAUUGUGUGGGAUCACUGAUUAUCGACCGACUGACAAGAAAAGAGGAAUGAGUCAGCACCAAGAUGCACACCCUGAAAAAAGACAAACUCUGAAGACCGGAAAAUAAACCUUGUCUUGUCUCUCCUGUGGAAAAAGGUGACACUUUUCCCUCUUUGGAUGCACCAAAAAGCCUUAGACAUACAAUCACCCAAUAGCUGACAUUUCAGUAAGUUGUAUUAUUUCUUGUCAAGUGAGCUAAUAUUUUUUUAGAGUAGUCCCUGUUAAGCUUGUAUAACACUACAUAUUUACUCUACACUCCAAAAAAAACCCACACAACUAUUAUUAAGUAUCUGCAACACACACAUGAUGAUGGUUGUGUUAUGGUCACUGGUUGCACAAGUGCUGCCAGUGCAGAGGGAGCUGCGGUUCAUCAGAGGAAUCAUUAAUUCCAACAUGUACAAGCAAAGAUUAUGGAGAGAAAUGUGUCUUUUCAUGCAACCAAACAAAAAAAAUGUAUAUAACUUUAAAGUUUUGGUUAGAUUAAGUACAGUGAGUCCAAAUAAACAUUUCAGUGGUCUCUGGAGAACCAUGAAAACAUCUACUGCUAGAUACAAAAAAGCCGAAAACAUGUGGAGCUGUGUUCCCGAGGGAGACAGACAGGAUAUCUAUAAAGAUGUUUUGUUCUACCUGGCUAAGAAAGAGAAGGAGCAAGCCAAGCAACUGAGGAAGAGAAACUGGUAACCUCUGAAGAACAUUCUGGACAACAUGGCCAAUGUCACCUACUGCACUAUCUGGUCUACCAGCCUUUUUAUUGGUCAUGAUGGUGACCACGUGACUGCUGACUACCUCCGCCCUCAACGCAUUUGGAGGGAAAAUAAAUUAGAUUGAAAUUUAAAAAAAUAUAAUCAAAACUUUAUUGUAUAUAUAUUUUUAAAUAUUUUUUUUAGUUGCAUAAAAAGACACGUACUUCUCUUAUACACCUACAGCUUCCUCAGCACAGCACUUGAUCAUAUCGGCGGUGUGUUUGGGUUAGUUAUUGCGUUGGAAGACCACCAUGUUGGAACUCAUGCUGCCCUCAAUGAACCACAACUCUCCCAGUCCAGGAGCUACUCAUGCAGCCACAGACCAUGAAAUACAUAACCGGCAUUAUGUUCGACUCACUUGUGUUGCCUGAUAUUCAGACCAUUUGUGUGUGUUGAGUCAUUUUUAGUGAAUAGUAAAUCCAUACUGCUACACAAGCUGUACACAGACUACUCCAAAGUUUAUAUAUCAUUGUCCCUUGAGAAGAUAUACUGUCAUGUAAAUGUUUGUUGAAAUGGGAGCGAUGUACUUUUGUCACCUGGACCCCUCCCCACCUCAUGUACUACAGUACCCACAUGAAAGUAUUUUUCCAAACCUCAUGGCUUCCUCGGCACUAGCAAGUACACAAGUACACAUGUUCACGUUUGUAUUGUGCUUAUUUGUGUAACUCUCCGAUCAGAGGCGGAAUAAAAAAUGCAGCAACUCUC